AUGAAUUCUAUCUGUGAACAAAGUCUUUAUAACGCAUGUUCUUGCAAGAAGAAAUAUCAUUUGCCUUUAGCAUUACCACUCUACGAUGGUCAUUGCCAUGUGGACCUAUUUUUUAAAUAUGGAUUUAAUGAAACUCACUUCAGUUCACAACUUGCUCAUGGACGGAAAAUGGUGCUGAUAGACAAUCGUCAUAACUUUCAGCGUUGGUUUGUGAAUAGUCUGAUCAACAAUCCAAAUGUAACAAUAUUCACUACAUAUGGAAUUCAUCCGAAAUAUUUACCAUCUGAUCGAGAAAAUGUAUUAGAACAAUUUAAACAAAUUUUUGAGAAUAAAUUAACUCUGAACACAAUGAAAGUAGCUAUUGGCGAAUGCGGGAUUGAUGCGACGAGUAAAUAUUCUUUAAAUGAUCAAUUAUUUAUAUUCAAGUUUCAAUUGCAAAUGGCAGCUGAUUUCGGCAUUCCUGUCGUCUUGCACGGCCGAGGAGACAAUUCAUUUUCAAUAAUGCUGGAAGAAUUAAAAACACAUUUAAACUCAAAACAUCAUGUUCAUUGGCAUUGCAUUAAUCCAAAUAGUAAUUUGAACAUUAUCACAAAGGACAGGGGGAUAUAA